CAGAAUUUUAGGUGUUUUUCUGGAGCUCAGAAAUAGAAACAUGAAAUUAUAUUUAAGGAAUACAUGUUAAUACAAUGGAAGAAGGCAAAAGGCACAUUCUUGUCAAUUAUUAACUGAUUUUCCUCCUGAAACUGAGUAAACCAGCAGAGUUGGUGUAAUACAAGCUGCACGCAGGAUGGGAUAUAAAAGCUGGAUUUUUCUAUUUUUAUUGGUUGCCUCGGAAGAAAUCCUUGCAGAAGAGGAGCUCUGUGACUUGCCCAACAUAGAAAAUGGAAGAAUUGCUCCAUAUUAUUACAGUUUUAGAAAUUAUUACUUUCCGAUGAAGCAAGGUGAAAAGCUUUCUUAUUCAUGUUUGGCUGGUUAUGCAACAGAGAGCGGUGGUCAAGUUGGAAGUACAAACUGCACAUUAAGAGGCUGGACGCCAGUCCCAAAAUGCUAUAAAAAAUGUGUGAAACCUCCCUUGACUAAUGGUGUUUUCUCUGAUGCAAAACUGUCCUAUGCAAUAUGGGAGAGCCUGCAGUUCACCUGUGAUUCGGGUUAUUGGACUCCCGAAGGCGGCAAGGAUAAAACUAUGCAGUGCCUUCAAGACGGAUGGUCAACCCAGCCACAAUGCAUUAAAGAAACUGCAACUUGUUCAGCACCAGACCUUCUCCAUGGACUCUACCAUACAGUCCAGAGACAUUUCAGUCUUAAUGAAAAACUGAAAUAUAGCUGUGAUGAGGGAUAUCUUACUACUGGAGGCAAUUCAACAGAGGAGGUGCAGUGUCUUCCACAAGGCUGGUCCCAUUCUCCCAUGUGUAUCAAAUUUGGAUGUUCAUUUGUAAAUCCUAUACAACACAUAAGUCUUCAUCCCAGGAAAGGGAGAUAUGAAGAAGGAGAUGUUGUUCAGUUUUUCUGCCUGGAAGGCUAUUAUUUAAAAGGAGCAGAAUUAAUUCAGUGCUAUUACUUUGGCUGGUACCCACAACCUCCAGUAUGCGAAGAAAUAAGAAACAAGUGUCCUCCUCCUCCUCAACCACCUAACGUGAAAUUAUUAUACAAUUUAAGAACCUACCACCAUGGAGAUAUACUGCAUUUGGAGUGUGAGCAAUCAUUUGAAAUGAGAGGAGCUGCAGAAAUUCGGUGUGAGGACGGCAAGUGGACUUCACCACCCAAAUGUAGUGAGGUGGACAGGACAGCAAGUAUGGAUGGUCGUCACAAUCUUGCAAAUGAUGGGAGCUGCAGUUCCCCUCCUAUGGUUGAAAACAGUGUCAUAACUAACACAGUUGAUCCAGUGUUGACGAGCUACAGAAGUGGUUCCUUAGUGGAAUACAGUUGUUUCCAAUUGCAUCUGAUGAAAGGACCUAAUACAGUUCACUGCAUUCAGGGAAGUUGGACAAACCCUCCAAUUUGUUUAAAACCAUGUUUGAUUAAUGAUGAAACCUUUGGCAAUUACAAUAUAGAAAUGAAAUGGAGGUUGGAAGGAGAACUGUAUUUCUUACAUGGUAAUAUUAUUGAAUUCAUGUGUAAACCAGGAUAUGUUCUGCCCUUAACAACCAGGGAAUCCCAGUUGAUGGUACAGUGUAAUGAUGGAGAACUGAAAUAUCCUGAGUGUAUUUUGAAAGGCAAAAAUGAAAACUGUGGCUCUCCACCUUCCAUAGAAAAUGGAGUUGUGAUAGGCUCACCAACAACGAACUAUAUCCCAGGUUCUUCAGUAGAAUACAAUUGCCAUGAAUAUCAUUUUUUGCAAGGGUCAAGAACAGUGUUCUGUUCAAGAGGCCAGUGGACUACCCCACCCAGUUGCAUAGAACCAUGUACCUUAUCACAUGAAGAGAUGGCAAACCAUAAUUUGGAUCUGAGAUGGAGUUUUGACAACAGGCCUUAUUUUCUGCAUGGAGAAUUUGUUGAGUUUAUAUGCAAACGUUUCCACUUGAGAUCACCAUCAACUUCAGAAGCUGAUUUCAGAGUAAAGUGUCAGAAUGGGCAACUGCUGUAUCCACAUUGCAUUGGAAUAAGAGGGUGAUAAAACAAUGGAGAAAAGGAAGCCUGGAUGACUCUUUCUAUUGCAAGAUGGUUGCCAAUAUGAAUUUUGGCUCAGAUGUUGACUGUCACAGGGUACUUUGGUCAACCAGGAUGUCUGGGAUAGCUGAACACCUCAAUUUAAAACAUCAUUUGAAUAUUCUUUUGAAAGUACAAACUCACUGUCUAUUUGCUGUAAUAAAGGGGAUAUUUUGUUGCCUUACA